UAUGUUUUUUCUGGUUACUUUUUUUCCCUCUAAUUGCUGAAUUGAACCUUCGUGUAUAUACAAGCGGAGGACUUGUAUCAGAUUGCUGGAGCUGCUAAUUGAAGAUGAAAUCAGUACCAUGCAGAUUCUUUACCUUAAUCUCCGACAGAGGUUUUUUCCUUCCAGCGUCAUCAUGUGUUGCUUAGUGAAGUUCUGCUGACAAAAAAAGAGGAGGAAAAUUAAUAGGCAAGCUGCCAUGUAAAGACUUCAGAAAAACUGAGGAGUGAUUGAAUGCAGACGUUCGUUUGUUGUCAUCUUUGAACACUGAAAUAAGGAUAACCGGAUAUGCAGAGAUUUUGGGCGCCUGGCAAAGAACCUGUUUGUCUGGAGAAAUAUGGAUGCAUAUGUAAUGGCUAGGUAUCCAAACUUAUCACUUUUUCAGGAUACUUAAGGAGGUUAUUAUUCUUAUUAUUAUUUUACCUCAUCUAAGCUUUUUAAAAAUGGUCUCUGCAAAACUAUGAUUUUUUAAAUGUUUUUCAUUUCAAGUCAAAUUCAGGAAAAAAAAAAAGUCAAUGAAUUGGAAGAAAACAGACCAAAGCCAGUCUUUGUGGCAAUGCCGUUGUAAAAUUUUGAUCAUUUCCAUUUUGCUCAAGCUGUGGUCACUCAACACUGCGGUUUUGAAACACUGUGCAGAAAGAACAAAAACUGCCAUAGUGCAUUCUCUGUUCAUCUACAGUGUGCCUAGGUUUGGAUUUUGGACAAUCGAAAGCUUACAGGGGGUCCAGGUAACAGCUGUGGGGUCCUCUUUACAAACAGCACAUUAAAAACCUUGCACAUGAUAUUUGCAUGCAGAAAAGGAAUGUGCAGAAUCCAGUGCAACUUUCAGCCUUCCUGCAUUUCUGCGAUUUUGUCACAGUUACCUGAAGUUAUGACUAAAGAAAAGGAUUGCCUCUAAACUACAGUAGAUAUUUUUUUCCUAUGCUUACACAGAAUUUGUCAAAAUAGACUUCAAGCUUUUUACCUUCUCAUAAUUUUCUGAUUUAUUUGAAAGAGUAUCCAUGAAAUAUGUACAUUAAUUGCUUACUGAUAAUCUUUCGCGGCCAGUGUUUAGGGACCGCUAUGCAUGAUAUCAUAAACUGCAAUGGUCUUAAAUCUGUUACUCUUUGCCCUUGCAAGGACCGUCAGAAGAAUCAGUAGAGCGUUGAUGUUGCAGCUUGUCGGGGAGCUCUGAGAGCCGUGGUAAACUGUUUCAGUUAUCAGCUGACAUGAUACUCUUUUUACUAUCCUUUUGUUUGUGAAUGACAGCAUCUGAACCUUUUUAAUCAUGACUGACUGGGAACGAGACGUCUGCAUUUUUUCUCCACUAUUGGCAGAUAUCUUGAUUUUUGCCAGUGCUUAUUUCUUUGAAACCCAGCUAUGUGAGAUGCAGAGGUGAGAUGAAAAACAUAAUUAGAUAGUCUUGUCUUUGCUGAAGGACAUUACACACAAAGGGCAAGCAGAGUUUUGGGUGCAGUCCCCUCUGCAUUAAGUAAGGAGCCAAGAAACUUUACUUCGCCUGGAAAAUGAACCAGUCAGGACUGAUUGAGCCUGUCCCAGCUGAUAACAGUAGUUUUGGAUAUGGCGGGAGUGUUUCCCUGAACCACUCAUGUCCUCUGGGAUGGGGUCAGAAUGAGGGCAUGGCGACCUGCAUCUUGGAGACGGCUCUCAUUGUGUUGCUGACUGUGCUGAUUAUCGCUGGGAAUUUGACGGUGAUCUUUGUGUUUCAUUGUGCCCCUUUGCUGCACCAUUACACCACCAGUUAUUUUAUCCAGACUAUGGCCUACGCAGACCUUCUAGUGGGGCUGAGUUGCCUGGUGCCCACUUUCUCUUUGCUACAUUACCCAGCUGGUGUUCAAGAACCCCUCACAUGCCAGGUGUUCAGCUACGUCAUCUCAGUGUUGAAGAGUGUCUCCAUGGCUUGCCUGGCCUGCAUAAGUGUAGAUCGCUAUUUGGCCAUCACUAAGCCCCUCUCCUACAACCAGUUGGUGACACCAUGCCGUUUGCGCUGUUGCAUCAUCCUGAUCUGGAUCUACUCUUGCAUUGUGUUCCUGCCAUCCUUUUUCGGUUGGGGGAAGCCGGGAUACCAUGGGGACAUUUUUGAGUGGUGUGCUCAUUUCUGGCCGACCUCAGCUCUGUUUACUGGCUUUGUUGUGUGUCUCCUGUAUGCUCCAGCUGCCCUUGUGGUCUGUUUCACCUACUUUCACAUCUUCCGUAUCUGCCAACAGCAUAAUCGGGAAAUCAGCGAGCGAAGGGCUCGUUUUCCAAGCCAGGAGAUGGAGGCUGGUGAGGGGGGGCAACAAACGGGUCAUGGUCCCGACAGGCGCUAUGCUAUGGUCCUCUUCCGCAUCACAAGUGUCUUUUACAUGCUCUGGCUUCCCUACAUCAUUUACUUUCUCCUGGAGAGCUCCCACAUCUUGGACAGCCCUGCUCUAUCUUUUAUCACCACCUGGUUAGCGAUCAGCAAUAGCUUCUGUAACUGCGUCAUCUACAGUCUGUCAAACAGCGUGUUCCGGCUCGGCAUGCGUAGGCUCUCGCAGACGCUCUGUUCCUCCUGCUCUUUCAGCCCUUGUGCCCAUGAUGACAAGGACUUCAGAGAGCCAAAGCCUAGAAAAAGAGCCAACUCCUGUUCAAUCUGAAGUUGUCAUGACCUGCUAAUUACUGCAAGGGAUGAAGUGAAAAAAUUAUAUAGCUUGAAUGUUUUUUGAUUUGUGCAAUUAAUGUAAUGACUUCAGGAUGAAUUUCUGGAUCAUUACUGAAAGGUUCACCUUGUUGGGUUAAACGAGAUCAUAUCUAAACCACACAUAGUGUAGGUUGACUACCUGUCCUGUAAAAAUUGAAGCAGCAACUGCCUUGAUAGUGUAUAUCACCAAAUGACUGGAAGGCAUGUCCUGGAUAAUUUUUUUUAAGUAAAAUAUGCAAAGACAGACAAAAACCGGCACUGCAGCACCACCACCAUUGCUACAAAAAAAACUACAAAGAAACAAAAAUUAAACAUAAACAAUAAGGUGAACUUCUCUGAACCUGGGUAUUGUUACUGAUGUCUGUUUGUGGAUGCUAUAUUAAUAUAGUUUAUAGAUUUUUAGAUUUUGAGGAAUAUAUUUUUUACAUUCAAACUACAUCUGCUACUAGAAUGGCUGCUAUAUCAAAUGGACAUUGGUUCAGAACAAUGUUCACAUGAGAGAAAAAAAAAACAUUUAAGGCAAGUGGCACAAUUACAGCAAAGCUUUGCAUAUGGACAUUUGUUAGUGUUCUUAUUAUAGCACAGCAGUCCUUGAGUUGAGAUGGGCUCAAAUACCAUGACAACACUGACUAGUAUAAGAUUUGGAAUUGGGAUGUUUUAAUUAAAGAUGGUCAAAUGAAAGGUGAAAGGCGUCAAUCCAAGUAACUGAUAUGCGUUCCAAAUGUCAUCUUUUAUUACUAGAGAUGCUGAAUCAUUAUACACGCACAAUAUUAUUGAUGCCGUUAGUAGUCGUGAAACGUACCUUAGUUCCCAGUGGUAUUAUACCUUGGCAGUAUGUAAUUAAACUUGUUCACCUGCAGUGGCUCUGUGACCCUCUGAAAACCAUACAGCACAGCAAACUCAACAUUUUUUUUUUCUGUUUAAUCAGCAUAAUGCUCAGUUGAAGUGCACAUUUUCUGGUAUGCAAGCAAGUCACCUUGUUUGCACCUGUGAUUUUUAGUACCUAUAUUAGUCUGUGCCUCAAAUAUAUGAGAAAUAAUUUUUGUGUAAUAUUUUUUAUAAAGAUUACUUUUAUACAGUACAUUUUUUUCCAUAUUAAUUUGUUUCAAUAAAUUUAGGCUUGUCUGUCCUUUGCCAGCUUUUAUAUGUUCCUAAAUUUAUUUUCAAUCAUACCGAGGUGAAAAAUAAGUAAAAAAUAUGGUGGCAUCAGAAAUUAUAUAAAUAAUCACACAAAAUAAUUUCAUAACUUUUAUUUUGUAUAUUUAGUUGCUUUCAGGUGUUCAGAUUCAAUGUGUAGUCUACAAAAAAAAGUUUUUUUUAUUAAUUUUUUCCCCCACUAAUUUAAUCAUUUCAAUACCAUUUUUUGUUUUUUGUAGGAGUUUUGUUUUAAAGUUAAUGUGUCCAUAUUUAAUAUUAGGAUUAAUAAACCUAAACCACACACUGAUGGCAUUAAAAUAUUUCUUCGAGUUUAAAAAUAAGGAACUUUGUGAGCUGUUAGGAAACCUCUGUGAAAUAUACUGGUGGGGUGUAUCUGUUGAUUUAUAUAAUGACAAUAUCAUGGAAAACUUGUCUGAUUUUCCCUUGUCAUUAAUUUGCGGUGAACGUCUCAACUCGUAAGGUAAAUAUACUCCCUUUCAUUACUCGUUAUAUCACACAGAGGAAUUAUCCUUUUUCGUGUCUACAAAAAUGGACAAAAAAGCACAAUACCAUGUGAGGGCAUCACAACCUGGAUGUGCGUUUUAUGUUUUCAUUUUUUAAACAAUGAAUAAUCUGUUUAUUUAUUUAUGCAUUUAUUUAUUUCACAGCAUCCACAUGGAUAUAAUAGCUGGUAAUUUGAAGUCUAACUGUGUGUAGCUGUAUUUGUAUUGCUGUACAGCUGGUGUAUGUUACCUCCAGUACUGAAUUUGUUCAAUUAAAAAGCGAUGGAACAUUCCAUGGUAUACAUGCAACAUGACCUCUAAUGUUAAUUUAACGUUUUGUUUACCUUUUUUUCUGUCCAAGACAAAUGAUAAAGUUUUUUUUAAGGUUUUGUGAGAAACUAUGGUUUUCUGUUGCUGCCAGUACAAUAAAGUGA